GCGGGCUACAGGAAUGAUGCUAAAGCUAGUGAGGCAGCAAAGCAAGGUUUGCAAGAUCCAGGCCAUGUCCAAUCUGCUACGAUGCUUUAGCGUGGGUGCCACCCAUGUGACGCCUUUCUCAGUGGGCCACAGCACCCGGUAUGCAUCCUGUAAGCCCAUUUCCGCGAGUGUCGCUCGCAUGGUUCUGGCAUCCGGUGUAUAUGGUUGUCGGGGGCCGUCGGGGGGGGGGGUCAACAGUAGUGUUAAAGUCACCAAUAAGUACAAAUUUGUCCACCCAUUAUAUGCAUUGUAUGUCGAACACCUGCACGACAUGCUGAGAGCGGAUGCGGAGUUGGAGGGCUUGAAACUCCCCGGGGGUAGACAACUUAAAUCAUCGGCAUUCGCGGACGACACCAGAGCGGUUACUGCCACCACGCAUGCUAGUGUCCGGGCGCUGCGGAAGCAGGUGGGUACCUUUGAAAAGUUUGCAGGGGCACGCAUGAAUUGGCAUAAAACGGUGGCGCUGCUGCCAGACCUCACUGCAGCUCCCCUGUUCGAGGGAAUGCACGUCCAGCCGAUGACAGAAGCAGCGUCCAACCUCGGCAUCGAGCUCCCUCAGACCCUCACCGAUGGCUCCCAGAUGGAGCAGUUGAUGCGGAAAGCAGCCACGCGACUCGCACUCUGCGGGAAGACAUUGGAUGCUGGGAUCUUCGGCCGGGUGCUUCUCGCGAAUACAGCGGCGUCUGCGAUGCUCUGGUAUGCAGCCCCGGUUUCAACUCCAUCCCCGGUCCCCCAACGGGAAUACCGAAUGGCUCUCUCCAAGUUUGUUUGGAAAAACGACCCGUUUGCACCCCAUGCAAUCCACCGGGUCGCUUGGCGCAAGCUCAUCCAACCCAAAGUAGGUUGGGGACUGGGCCUGAUUGACCCGGCCACACAGAUUCAGGUGCUGCAGUUGCGGACGGUUAUUUGGCUCCUUUUGGAGCGUGAUGACGCCCCCUGGACGAUCCUGACCUUGCAGACCAUGGCUGAAGCAGCUCGACUGCACCCGGCGGAUAUGGAGCUGGCCCUCAUGCAACCAGCCAUCCUCACGGAGCUUAAGAGAGGCACCCUGUGGUCCCCGUUCCUGCAGGCAUGGCGGAGCCUGGCCCCGCUGGAGCUCAACCUGCCGUCGUCCAUGGACCAAAUCCUCCAGCAACCUUUGUUCGACAACCCUCGAAUCCGGGAUAAUGGCGAGCCGUUCCCAUGGGCAGGCCCCAGAGGAGCCUUUGGCAAAGCAUGGCUUAAAGUGGGAGUGGCGCGAAUAGCGGACCUCUGGGACCUGCAGACCGAUGACUGGCAGCCAGAGACGGCCCUCCUGCAACAGCUGGCGGGCCAGACGCACAAAAGGGAACGGCUGCACCAAAUCCAGUGGGCGAUCCCGGAGGAGUGGCUGGGCGCUCUCAGAACAAGGCAGAGGUUUGACAAGGAGUGGGUGGCGCUGAGAUUUGACGACCAGACCUGCCUGCUGUUCCAGGGCAUGGCACGAGUCGGGGAGUUGUGGCUGAUCGCUGAAGCCUGGGAGAACCCUCCCUCCGAAGCUGCACUUGGGCGUCCCCUGGUUCGCUCCCCGAGACGGGAUGGUUGGGUGCCCCGGGACCUCGUCCGAUCGGUCUCGGUGGUCACGGACAGGAAAGGCCUUCCCCGCGUUACCCACCAGGCCUUCCGCCCGAAGAAGCGCCCAGCGCAGCUGGCGGUUGACCCCGCCAUGUGGCAUUGGAGGAAGCAAGGCCUCCAACACCACGGCCUCCCGCUGCACCAAGUGUCCACCAAGGCCAUCUACCGAUCACUGACCACCCCUUACCGGAUAGACCAGGAACUCCAGUGCCGUUGGGCCUGCAAGGGAUGGCUCACAGGGGCCUCUCCCCCACAAUGGUCCCUAGCUGGGUGGAAGUCCAUGGCCAGCUUCCUCCAAUCGCGCCCCAAUGUGAAGCAUGCAGGGCUUCUGUGGUUGAACAUCCAUCUGGCACUUCCGACAAACCAGUGGCUCGCGAAGCGGUCCUCCUUUUCAGAUGGAAGGUGGCCACACUGUGAUGCAGAGUGCGAAGAUGCCCCUCAUGUGUGGAGCGGGUGCCCCCCACAGCAGCAAUUUUGGACAUGGUGGAGACAGGAGGUGGGGGGGGACAUUGAGACGAUGACUCCGGAGGAGUGGGCGGAUUGCUUACUCAUUGGCCCAGCCCUCAGAGACCCUCCCAUUCGAGGUCAGCGGGCGUACGCCAUCGAGAUCAUUAGGGCUGCAUUCCUGGCAGCGGUCUGGGCCCUCCGAACGCAGCUUAUUUUUCAACAACGUCCUCCUACGUUUGCGGCCCUCCGAGCGAUGUGCCUCGCUUCUCCGAACGGCCAUUGCGGCAGAUAGCAAAAGGAAGGCAGCCGCGGCAUGGCCACUUCUCCAGCAAACUUGGGCGCCAUACUCCAAGCUGGUCCACAUCC